CUGAGUUCAGUUUCGGUUCCAUAAAUAUAAAUUUCAAAUUCGCAAGGUGAAGAAGAAACAAAAAUUGAUGAGAUGGGGAAAAAAUUGGGGGAGACGAACCCAGAAGACGAACAAUGCAAACACAAUCAUGUCAUCCGGAUCAAUGACUGUGAUAUAAACCAAGAUCGAUUAGCUUCUAUGUUGCAACGGUCCUUAGAACCACCGCGAUUAUUGAAGAAUUCCGCCGGCCGAAGCUCCUGCUCCAUCUUCAGAGUCCCUCAGAGAUUCAUCGAGAUGAACGGACGAGUCUACGAACCCCACGUUGUCUCCAUAGGCCCUUACCACCGUGGGAAACAUCACCUGAAAAUGAUCGAAGAGCACAAGUGGCGCUUUCUUGGUUCCCUUCUCUCUAGAACCCAAUCCAAAGGUCUUACCUUGGAAGACUAUAUGAGAGAUGCAAAGCGAUUAGAGGAAAGGGCGAGAGAGUGUUACUCAGAGACUAUUUUCCUUGACUCUGAUGAAUUCGCAGAGAUGGUGGUUCUCGACGGCUGUUUCAUCAUCGAGAUCUUUCGCAUCGUUGGGAAUUUGGUAAGAGCCGACCCAGAUGAUCCAAUCUUUACGGUCUGGCUCUCUACUUUUCUCUUGAGAGAUUUUCUCAGACUUGAGAAUCAACUCCCCUUCUUCGUCCUACAAUCCUUAUUCGAUCUAUCAAAAAUGCCAGAAGAAGAAGUAAACCACCACACAGGUGUUCCCUCUCCUUCCUUGGCUAUGCUGGCUUUGGAAUUCUUCAACCAUGCUACUAUGGAGAGACCCCCUGAAGUGAUUCAAAGAUUCCGAAACUACAAAGCGAAGCAUCUACUAGAUUUGCUCCGAUCCACCUUCACAGAAUCAGCUGAAGAAGAACCACGGAAGGGAAACCCCGCAACCCAUGUGAUCGAAACUGCGGCCAAGCUCCGCCGUGCAGGGAUCAUGUUCAAGCAGGGGAACGCCAACUGUUUCCUGGACGUGAAAUUUAGGAAUGGAGUUCUCCAAAUGCCGGCCAUAACCAUUGAUGACUUCACGAGCUCCUUCUUCGCUAAUUGCGUGGCUUUCGAGCAAUGUCACAAACACUGUUCCAAUCACAUUACCUCUUAUGUCACUUUACUUGAUUGCCUCAUCAACACUUACAAGGAUGUCGAGUUUCUCUGUGAUGCGAAGAUCAUAGAGAAUUACUUUGGCACAGAAGGAGACGUUGCUCGACUCUUGAAUAAUUUGGGAAAGGACACAGCGUUUGACAUCGAGAAGUCUUACCUCUCCAGUUUGUUCGAUGAGGUGAACGAGUAUUACAGGAAUGGGUGGCAUGUACAGUGGGCGAGCUUCAAGUACACUUACUUUGACACACCAUGGUCUUUCAUUUCAGCUGUGGCUGCAGUGGUUCUCCUCGUUCUCACCAUGAUCCAGACCUUUUAUUCUGCUUAUCCUGUUGUCUUUGAGUCCAAGGAAAAUGGCAAUUGAUUACUUGAGAUGAGAUUUGUUGUAUUAUAGGAUUAGGACUUUUACUGUAUAAAUUUCAACUUUAAUUCUUAGAAUUCAUU